CACCGGAUCCCCAUCUCGGAUCUCCCCAUCCCGGACCCCCCGCACCGGAUCCCCAUCUCGGAUCUCCCCAUCCCGGAACCCCCCGCACCAGAUCCUCAUCCCGCACCGGAUCCCCGGACUAUUCUCACCAUGGAGAUGGAGAAGAUGCUGAACGACUUCAGUCCCCAGCCGUCCCCUCCCGGGACCCCUCCACCGCCCCACCACCCUCCUCCCCUGCGGACUGAGCCUGCUCAGCGCCGACCCCGGAGUGCUGUCCCCGGUCACCAGCCUCACCUUCACCAUGAACCAGCUGGGCGGCCUCGGCAGCCUUGGCGACACACCAAAGCGAAGAGGCAACAUCUAUCCAGUCCUGACCUCCAACUUGAUCCGCACCUCUUCCUCCGACUCGUCUGACUCUGGUCUGUGUUUGGAGGAUGUCAGCCCCGUCACUGCCGAGAUAUUUGAGAAGACUAUUUUUGAAAGCAGGAUCCCAAACAAUGACUUCAAACUGCCUCUGAGAAGAAGACAGUCACUGCCGGUAACAUUUAUUGGGGGCAACCCAGCCUUGAGGAAACUUUCCUGCACCUCAGACUUGGAUGUCACCAGCCCCCUGGAAAGCAACCCCAACGAACCAGACAACAAGGAGAAUGAAGUUUUCCUUUUCAAAAGGCCGUUUGUGUAUCCAGUCUCUCGCGUCCCGCGCCGCAGCGAUGACGCCCUCAAGUCCCGCCCAUGCUCUGCUCCAACUCUCAUGUUUUCUCCAGAAAGGAAUGAGUUGCAGGUAGAUGAGGAGAGCCCCGUCCGCUUACGCAAAUCCUCCCUGACCUUCUCUUUGAAUGAGGACGAUGAUGAUGAUGACGGGUUCAUGGACAUUAUCGAUGAUGAGGACGAUGUGAAGAGGGAGCCAAACCUGCCGACAGGCAUGGAGAACCUACUGACUGCUCCACUGAAGAAAGAUGACUCUGAUUUGGUAAUUAGGAGCAAAUGUCGCCGCCUUUUCCGCUCGCCCUCCAUGCCCAGCUCUGUGAUCCGACCCAUCCUGAAGCGCCUGGUGCGCCCAGUUGACGAGGACACGCCGGUGAAAUCGAAGAGGCACAAGAACCUGAGCUCAGCCAGUGCCGGCGAUGGGGAUCUUGUUAUAGAGGAACCGAAAAUGAAACUGGGUCGGUCCAAGUCUCUGUGUCUUACGACGGUUGAACAGGUCCUGGACAGUGAACAGAUGGACUUGAUUGGUGAUUCUUCUAAGACAUACCUGUUGAAGACUGUAGAAGGCAAACACCAGGAUCUGAAGUAUAUCACUCCAGAAAUGAUGGAUGACGUGCUGAGCGGGAAGUACAGGGACCGCAUUGAGCAUUGCGUUAUUGUAGAUUGCCGAUACCCAUACGAGUAUGAGGGAGGACACAUUAAGGGUGCGGUAAAUCUCCCACUGGAGCAAGACGUAGAGGAAUUUCUCAUGAAAACGCCGAUUGUCCCGACCAGCGAAGACAAAAGGGUCAUCAUCAUCUUCCACUGUGAAUUCUCCUCUGAGCGCGGACCUCGCAUGUGCCGUUAUGUUAGAAAACAGGACAGGAACAGCAACGAGUACCCGAAACUUCACUACCCAGAAUUGUACAUUCUGAAAGGAGGCUACAAGGAAUUCUUUCCCAGCUAUCAGACUCAUUGUGAGCCCCAAUCAUACCGCCCCAUGGACCACAAGGACUUUAGAGAACACCUGAAGCUUUUCCGCAGCAAGAGCAGAAACUGGGCCGGUGACAAGAGCAAGCGUGAAAUGUACAACCGCCUUAAGAAACUGUAG